AUGUGCUCGUCCCUCUUCGCCGCCGUCGCUCUGCUCGCCGCCGAGGCCGCUGCCCAUGGCGCAGUCACCAGCUAUGUCGUCGCCGGCAAGAACUACCCAGGAUACCAAGGCUUCUCCCCGGGCAACUCCCGGGACGUCAUCCAGUGGCAAUGGCCCGACUACAACCCCAUAAUGUCGGCCAGCGACCCCAAGCUCCGCUGCAACGGCGGCCACUCGGCCACCCAGAGCGCCCCCGUCAUGCCCGGUGACACCGUCUCGGCCACCUGGGGUCAGUGGACGCACAGCCAGGGCCCCAUUCUCGUCUGGAUGUACAAGUGCCCCGGAGCUUUCAGCUCCUGCGACGGCUCCGGCGCGGGCUGGUUCAAGAUUGACGAGGCCGGCUUCCACGGCGACGGCUCCGGCGUCUUCCUCGACACCGAGAGGCCCUCGGGCUGGGAUAUCGCCAAGCUCGUCGGCGGCAACAAGCAGUGGACCAGCACGAUCCCCCAGGGCCUGGCGCCGGGCAACUACCUCAUCCGCCACGAGCUCAUCGCCCUGCACCAGGCCAACACCCCUCAGUUCUACCCCGAGUGCGCCCAGCUGGUCGUCGGCGGCUCCGGCACCGCCCAGCCCGAUGCCUCGUACAAGGCGGCCAUCCCUGGCUACUGCAAGCAGAGCGACCCCAACAUCAGGGUCGACAUCAACAAUCACGCCAAGGAGCAGAAGUACACCGUCCCCGGCCCUCCGGUCUGGAAGGGCACUGGUGGCAAGCGUGCCGCAGAGUUCCAAGCAUAG